CCUGACCCAGGUUUCCUGUCGCGCAGCUAAUCAUGGAGACGCUGCUCAAGCAGGAGCUGGGCUACGGCUCAGUCAAAGCCUCGGGCCACUCGGGAGGCGGGUGCAUUAGCCAGGGCCAGAGUUACGACACGGACAGAGGACGGGUGUUUGUGAAAGUGAAUUCCAAGGCGGAGGCUAGAAGAAUGUUUGAAGGUGAGAUGGCAAGUUUAACUGCCAUUCUGAAGACAGACACAGUCAGGGUACCCAAGCCUAUCAAGGUUCUUGACGCCCCAGGAGGCGGGAGUAUGCUAGUGAUGGAGCACUUGGACAUGCGGUAUCUGAGCAGCCACGCCGCCAAGCUUGGGUCCCAGCUUGCAGAUCUACACCUUGAGAACAAGCAGCUUGGAGAAGGGCUCCUGAAGGAGGCUGGCACCGUGGGGAAAGGAUGUGGACAAGCGGAGCGGCUCUUUGUGGACCAGUUUGGGUUUGACGUAGUGACGUGCUGUGGGUACCUCCCCCAGGUAAAUGACUGGCAGGAGGAUUGGGUCACGUUCUAUGCCAGGCAGCGCAUUCAGCCCCAGAUGGACAUGGUGGAGAAGAGGUCUGGGGACCGGGAAGCUCUUGAGCUAUGGUCGGCUCUGCAGCUGAAGAUCCCUGGCCUGUUCCGUGAUCUGGAGAUUGUCCCUUCCUUACUUCAUGGAGACCUCUGGGGAGGAAAUGUGGCAGAAGAUCCCUCUGGCCCCAUCAUUUUUGACCCAGCAUCCUUCUAUGGCCACUCAGAGUACGAGCUGGCGAUAGCUGGCAUGUUUGGGGGCUUCAGCAGCUCCUUUUACUCCGCCUACCACAGCAAAAUCCCGAAAGCUCCAGGGUUUGAGAAGCGCUUGCAGUUGUACCAGCUGUUUCACUAUCUGAACCACUGGAACCAUUUUGGAUCUGGGUACAGAGGAUCCUCUCUAAACAUAAUGAGGAAUCUCAGCAAGUGAGCUGGCUUCCCACCAGAGGGAGUGUCUUAUGAGUGUGCUGGGUCUUCUGGUAGAGGAUCAAGUCUUAAUUAAUAUCACAAGCGUCACUGUGAAC